AUGGCCGAGCAGACUCUAAACAUACCACAAAUUAUCGUAUUCCUUGCCGUAACCGUCCUCGUCGUACGAUGGUUCCUCAAGCCUGCCCCCGCCGGCACCCCUACGUCUGCCGGAAACCGCGCCACCAGAAUAAACCCCGCGCAAAUAGACCAUCUGGUGCAGAUGUUCCCACAGCUGGACCGGCGGACAGUUGCCUGGAACUUGAGUAGGAACGGGGGCAAUGCGCAGGCGAUUACCGAGACGGUGCUUGGGGGAAGAGCGCUGGAGCAGCCUCCGACGUCAUUCCAACUCCCGCCCUCGCGAACAGGUACACCAUCCGGCGCACAGCGACAGACAGCAAACCGACAGCCAGCGAAGCCUGCGCAGCCGGACCUGAUAACACGGUACAAUCUCGCAUCUAAGGUCGGUCCAUCAGCCGAGUCGACUGCGGUAGAACAGCCGAAAUCCAAGGCGUGGUCUCAGGAUAAGAACGAGCGGCAAGUAAAUUUACAGAGGAGAAGGGAAGAGAUGAUCCUUGCGGCGAGGCGGAAGAUGGAGGAGAAGGCGAAGGCAGAGCAGAAGACGGCAUGA